AUGACGAUUAAAAUAGUGGCGUGUUUCUAUGUGAAGUCUAACGCGAGUAGUUCUGCCGCUGCUGCGCUCCUCGUUAUCUGGGUUUGUCUUUUGGUUGCCCAAUAUACCAAGUUUACAUUUAGGAAUAUACAGCAGUCAUUAACUGAUAACCGGUUAUCAUCUGAGCCGAAGAAUGCAUCGCUAAACCCUUCAAAAGUCAUUCCCUUGGCAUUUGGUAUGCUAAUUUCUUUGAAUCUUAAACAUGAGAACAGACUCAUUAUCUUCACAUGCUAUUCUCGGGACGAAUUACGGAAGAAUCCCUUAAUCUCUAUUGUGAGAGGCAUUGUCGGCGAGCAACCUAGCAAUGCUAUCCCCGGGUCACCGGUACCCUUGAAAGACCCCACGGCGUUUACAGGCCGUAAUGUUUCAAAGUCUGACACAGAUGACCAAUACGUAGCACAACACCACUAUUUUGUCGCAUAG